UUAUGCGAGUUGCACCGGGGCUGAGAGCAACUGCUUUAAGCUGGAUAAUCAACAGUCACCGCCGCUCUCCUCUCUGAGAAGGAUCUCAUAUUUUGAGAGGUGUCAAAACAUUGGCACCUCGCAGCUGCGGGUCUGUCAACUCGCAGUGUAACUGCGGAGAUUAAAGCCCGUGAUGUUUAAUCCACACAUUCAUCAGCAGCAACAGCAGCAACAGCAACAGUUUCACCAGCACCUGCGACAGCUACAGCAACUUUUCCAGCAGCAGCCUCCGCCUCCUCCGCCGCAGCCACCUCCCGGGCAUCAUGUCGCCCAUCACCACCACCAGACACCGCGAGCCAUUCCUGUGCCUCCCCAGACAGCCCCUCCUCCCAGGAUGGUCAACCUGUGCCAGACGACCCAGACAACCAUCAUCGCCCCCAAUCCCAUGCUGCAGGGGGCCAUACUGAUGCAGCAGAUGCAGGGUAACAUGCGGGGCUUUGGGAUGGGUGGGCAGCAGUUCCGUCAGUUCUUUGCAGCUGGGACCAGGUCGUCUCUACUUGGGCCGGUUCCCAUGGGCAUGGCCAUCAAGUCCCCCAUCAUGGGUUUCCCAGCUGCACGACCCUUCCACCCGCAUGCUCGCUUCUACAGCAACAACGCCAUCACCACGACCACAGCCCCUUCCUCCGCCCCAUCUUCAUCCACCGCCACGGACACCACAGCUCGCCAGCCAGACAGGAAGCGAGACAGCGAGCAGAUGGCAGCAGGGAGCACAAACAACCAGCCAGCAGCUAGCAGUACCAAUGAACCUGAUGAUAAGUCUGAAACAGAUAGUGCAGUGGGAGGAGUGGAUGGACACACACAGAUCUUGGAGGAGCAACUUGAAGAACCUGCAGUGAAAAAGCAGAGGACAGAGGGGUCAGAGACCAUCACUAUUACAGAUGCAGAUGGGGAGGUUCUUUCCUCAGAUUGUAACAGCAACACGGAGGAGAGCCAGCCUGAAGAUUGCAUCAUGUUGGAAGGAGGACGUUCCAAAGGGGAAUCAGAUGUUGUCGAGGCGCUGGAGGAGAGCAGAGCUGAUGAGGUGCAUAGCCGUUUGUCUGCUCCGUCACCCUCUGGCAGGCUGAGUGAAGAUGACCAGCAGGUUAAUUUAUCCACAGAGGAGACGCCACAGGGAAAAGAUGCCUCCAUGGGUUCACCAGGCAACCAGGACGAAGGGGAGGAGUGUAUAGCGGAGGGCGCCAACAAGUUCUACUGCUACCUCUGCAGCAUUACCUGCCACAACCAGCAAAACUUCAGGAGUCACAUGAACAGCGUUUCCCACCAGCAAAGGAUGAUGGAGAUCCAACACAUGAGCAACGCCUGUCUGGUCACGCUGCUGCCACGAGUGCAGGAGUCUCUACAGGGAGCAAACAAAGAUGGAGAGAAAAAAGCAGACUUGAAGCGUUGGUGUGCCACCUGUCACACCCACUUCACCAGUAGCAUCAUGGACCACCGUCGCACUGAGGAGCAUAAACUUGCCAGUAGAUCAGCUAUUUCCUCCUGCACGGUCUGCAAAAAACAUUUCAGGACCUCCCAGAUUUUUGUGGAGCACUUGCAGUCCCAGGAGCACAGACAAAAAGUGGAGAAGCUCCAGGAAAAGGAGGGCUGUGAGGCCUUGGCCAAGCUGACUGCCAUGGACACAGACGGCGUUUCUUUGGAAGAGGAGGAAGGAAGUGAGGUGGAGGAGGGAGAGGAAAGACAGAGCAGUGAAGGAGACCAAGACUGCUCUGAGAAACAGGAUGUCUGGCCCUCUAUUAAAGAAGUAUCUCUAAAGAAUAUGGCCAGUGAUGAGCAGUAUGACCCUGACACAGUCUACGGGUCCAGUUUCUUUGUUCCAGUCGCAGGUUUUAUUUGCAGACUCUGCAACAAGUUUUACCACUUUGAAUCUUCUGCCCUACACACCCACUGCAAAUCACUGACGCACUUUGAGAACCUCAAGAGUUACAGAGCGUUGCUCAGUCAAAAGAGUGAAGAUGUUGAAUCUUCCAGAGGAUCUCUGUUAGCUACAGACAGCCUCAGACCUGUAACAGAAGCCACCACAGACUGGUCAGAUGAAAAUCCCCUUACCGAUGACACUGGUUUAGUGACAGACCUGAACUCCAUGCAGCCCAUCAUAACACUCACCCGACUGAAAAUGCAGACAGAAAACCAGCAACGAGAGAAAGAGUCAGAACCCAGCCCAACCUUACAGGACUUCAGCACCACCUCAGCAACUUGCACUGGCAGCACAGACCAAGACCUCAGCCUCCACAGCAAAGAGGAAGAGACCCCAUCCCAGGCGUCUGUAGUUCAGGAGAGCCCUGCUGAGCUGCCUGCUGGCAGCAGAGAGGAGCCAGACUCUGAGCCAGCAGCUGCUGUUGAGGCUGCUAAUGAGGAGGAGGAGGAGGAGGAGAAGGAAGCUCCUGCUGUCCCAGGGAGAAAGAAUGGCACAGGGAAAGCAAAAACCACGCCCAAACGCAGGUCAGGGAGGGCCACAAACAGACGCUGAGUCAAAGAUGUGAUGUGGAAAGACAGGAAACCUGGUACAACCUUAAAACACAAUGUGUCAGUGAAUGAAGAGGUGCUUUCAUGAAACAGCGACCAAGAAAUGAACAGCCCAGUCUCUCUCCGUGUUGGAAAGUCUGAAUUAAACACACACUGACAUAUGGGAAGUGGUGGAACAUGACUCGUGAAUUGCUCUCCCAGGGUGGGAAAUUAAUGCCUGACAGUUAUCAAGUGCAAUGAUGAUGGGUAAGUCUCUUAACACUGACUCCCAGUCAGAAAAUUAGGUUCAUGAGUAGGCCCCCAUCCAUACCAUUAAACAACAGCGAUAAGAAUGAGAUCAUUAUAAAGUAUGAACAACUGGUCCAAAACGAAACUGCAAAUAUGUUGUCUGAAUUGAAAAUAACUACAUUUUUAAAUAAGGAGAAGUUCCUUAUUUUGGAGACCCACUACAAAACCCCAGUACAUGAACACAAAACGUUGUGUCGUAGUUUUGUACUACAUACUAAUAUUGUAGCAGGUGUUGAGAAUGGGGUGUAUUCACACUGAAAACUGACAGUAUUCUUUUUUUUUUAAAAAAAAGUCUGUAUGCUGACCAAAAAAAUGCUUGAUUUUUUUUUUUUUGCAUACUUUUGUUGGACACAUGAAAAUGUCUCAACCACUUUAAGAUGGAUUUCCCUUGAAAUGUCACACACAUUAAUGAUCCCCUCAGUAAAUAACAUAGUAACUUAGGUAAUGCCUUAUUUUCAUCAGUUCAAACUUUAAAUUUGUUCAAUUAUUUGUUUUUGACAAUAUAUUUGAAAGCCUAAUGACAUGGCAUGUGGCUGUAUUUAAGAAAAGAAACAAGUGACAUGUAGAUUUUCUACCCAGCAGCCUCUCUGGCUGGCUCACCAAAAUGUUAAUUUCCCACCCUGCUGUUCUUGAGGAUCAGGAGGUGGACGAGGGCUGACUGUAACUUCUUUCAAAUUCUCUAGCUAGCUAGAUGAAUUAUUGUUAACUUAUAAUAACUUACAAUCGUAGAAGACUGUACUGAUGGCGAAGUGGAGAUGUUUUCCACAUUGCUAACCACGUAGCACACGCUUUUAGCAAGCUGAAAUGUAGAAUGUAACCAAAAUAAGUGUUUGAGCAGGUGACAGCUUUUGAUUUUUUUUUUUUUUUUUUUAAAGUGUUAAAAUGGUACUUUGGCUUGAGUGUUGAGAAACGCUGAAUCUUGAAACUGAUAAUAUAUUUGUUCAGGGCGUUUCAUGAUUUUUUUUUUGUUUUUUGAGACAUUUAAGUUUGAGGUUGAUGUCAUGUUUGGGCCAAAACAUUAUCAGUAGCUGUUGCCUUUUCGCUGAAACAGUACUGCACAGAUUCUUACUGGCUUAUUCUCAGCAAUAGGAAGCUUGUUUUUUUUUUUGUUUGUUUUUUUUUUUUUGACGCGUUUAAAAAAAAUCUCAACACAAUCUGUAGGAGUUGAGUGUCACGGUGAAAACCUGUCAAGAAAAUGUCUAAAACACCUUUUUGCAUCUGCACACAUACAUAUGGUGAAGACCUCCCUGUAUUCUUGAAAUGUUAAGACAGCUCUUAAAUGAGCAUCUGCAGCAGCAGACGGCUUCAUCAACAUGUCAGAAGCAAGAAAUGAAAGGUUUCUGCUAACAACCAGGCACUGAAUUCAAAUUAUGAGCUGUCUCCGGCGCCUGUGGGACUCCUCACAUUCACAGAAGGCUGUCACCAUAUUGUUUAUUUUGAAAUGUGAAAGCUUGUCAGUUGAAACAUAUGCUGCUGGAAGCUUAAAAGACUGGAAAGUUGCCCCCCCCAGACCUGAACUCCAUGCAGCCCAUCAUAACACUCACCCGUCUUCAGAAGACCCACAAAUCAGUCUUUCAGCUCAGAAUAAAGAUAAAGAUUGAUCACACUGGGUGUCAUAUUCCCAUGGAUGUUUAUCAAGUGUGCCUACAUUUAGAAUAAAAUUAUUGUUUCUUUCAUAUUUCCAUCGUUUUAAAAUGCUUCUAUGAGCAUUCACAGCACAAAAAUAUUGCAAGUUGCUGUUGGUGUUUAUUUGCCUCCACUUUGCCAAUGUUUUUUGUUUUUUCUCUCAUUGGCGAUGUUGCACUGGACAUUUGGAAUCACACUUCAGUUAAAGGUCCCAGUUUUAUUUGCAAGGGAAAAACCAUGAAGUGUCUCUAGGUAUUAAAUGUAGCAAAGUAUCCUUGUGAACCUUCAGCUCUGAUGUGAUGCACCAGUAACAGUUACAGAUCAUACAAAUGUCUAACUUUGGUUCCAGCAUUUCAGCAGUCACAUGCCACGACAAGGUAUGUGCAUGUAUCUAUAUCUAUAUAUAGAUAUAUACACACACACAAAAGGAUGUAUUAAUUCCUUCUUCAUGACUAGUGUGUUGUUCUGGAAAUAUUUUGUCCUCCAAUAUCAGAGAAGGAUAUUUUAAACCACAAACGGCUGGCUGACACAUGUAGCAACUCUCGUGGUCAUGGUGACAACUGUCACAUGAUAAGUGUCAUGUUCUGUCUGAAGGAACGAGACGUGAUCUGUAGCUCUGAAACAGAAUGAAGCAGGAGAGAGAAAUGGACGUGUAGAGGAUGAUUUCAAACAAAGCUGUAUGUUUCUUAUUGUAUUUUUAUUCAGCUACUGACAAACUGAGAUGAACAAACAGUUGAUGUUUUCUAAUUGCUGGAAGUUUAAUGUAUUUUUGAAUGUUUGUUUCCUGUUUGGGGGUCAUUUUAAUUUAUAUUAAAAUGUCUGACAAUUCCCA